UUUGUGGGGGGAAUGGAAGAAUCCGCCAGUUUCUUUUUUGCAAACGUUGUGCGUGUUGGUGGAAGCAGAGCCGUUAAUAGGGCAAAAUUUUUCGUGGAACUUGUGGAAAAGAAACUCGGAUUUUGCAAGGAAGCACUGACAACGACCGCCGGACUGAGGAAAGAGAGGCUUUUGCUCGGACAAGUCCCGCAUCGCGACCAGAACACGACCAAACUUACGAUUAAUUCUGAAAAUGAACGCUGAUGAUUAUGAAACUCUUCCCACUGACAAUGUUGGAACGCAUAUGAUUGCGGGUGCCAUUGCCGGAAUUAUGGAACAUUGCGUAAUGUACCCCCUUGAUUCCGUCAAAACGAGAAUGCAAUCGUUAGCGGCAACUGGUUCUGAUGGGAUAGGACAAACUUUUGUCAAAAUGGUCAGGCAAGAGGGCAUUUUGAGACCUAUAAGGGGCAUGGGGGCCAUGGUACUAGGCGCGGGACCUUCACACGCCAUAUAUUUUAGCUCGUACGAAUUUUUAAAGGAAUCCUUCAAAGAGAUGGUGCCUAGCUCCAGAUAUCACACUUUGUGUUAUGGUGCAGCUGGCUGCUUUUCUACACUUCUUCACGACGGUACUAUGAAUCCUGCCGAAGUGGUCAAACAGAGAAUGCAGAUGGUCAAUUCCCCGUACAGAUCCGUAUUCAGUUGUAUAUUGAACAUAUAUCGGACGGAGGGUGCCAUGGCCUUCUACAGAUCGUAUACAACCCAACUCACCAUGAACAUACCCUUCCAAAGCAUCCAUUUUAUGGUGUACGAAUUCGCACAGAAGGUGACGAACGAACAACGCAAAUACAACCCAGCGGCGCACAUGUUCAGCGGCGCGAUGGCCGGAGCUGUGGCCGCCGCCAUCACUACGCCACUGGACGUUUGCAAGACCCUACUCAAUACUCAACAGAUCACCCAAGCCCAAGGCUUAGUGCAGGGCAUGAAACUCAUCUACAGGCUUAAGGGACCAGCGGGUUACUUUAGAGGAAUGCAAGCCAGGAUAAUGUACCAAAUGCCGUCGACGGCCAUCUGCUGGUCCACGUACGAAUUCUUCAAAUAUAUCCUCGGUACCACGCAGGAAAUUCGGAUAAUGGGCCCAACCACCACCGUUUUAGCUGAGGAAACCAGCCACAAGACGAUAGAGAAACCUGAAGGAUAUUUGGAGAAAAACACGUACAAAACGCGAGAUACCAGCGUGCCUAGGGAAUUGCCAUCGUUAUCAGGUGCCGGACUCUAUGGUUCGAUAUCCUUUAACACGAUGCAAAAAUCGGAAUAUAGACAGAAAGACUCAAUUUUAGAUAUAGUUCACACAUAGUUGUAAAUACUCCUCUUUGUAAAAAACAUCUCCACCUUGACGAGAAAUUUAAAACACGUCGAAUUAUUUGGACGUUCCAGAGGACAUACGGUAUAAUAAACCACGAAUUGUCGUUUAAUUGGCUCACCCUGUAGGAGGGCCCGAGUUCUAGCGUUCGCCAUUUUUGGCCUGGACGCGCUGUGCUGCAUAGACCGUUUUUUGGUUUUGAAGAAUUUUUCUUUUUUGGUCUUUCAAGAAAAAAUAGUUAAAAUAUUAUGCUUUAAGUAGCUGGAUUGAACUGUAUAAUAGUAAAGUAUAUUUUUGUGUGGUUUAUUUAAAAAAA